AUGUCUAUCGACGCGCUCCCCGACGAAGUCCUCGAGGCGAUCUUCUACAUGCUUAUCCUCGCUGUAGAUGGGCCCAUCUUCUCUGUAUUCUCCACUGCGCCAGACGUGCACCUCAUUGGCGACCUCGCCCUUGUCUGCCGCCGCUGGCAUGCCGUCCUUCUCGGCAACCCUCACAUCUGGGCGCGGGCGCGCAUACAUCUCUACGGCCCCUCUGGCGCGCGCAAUGCUCGCGUCUUUGAGCGCGCCAUGGAUGCGCUAGCUCGGUCUGGGGACCUGCCCCUCACAGUCAACUUCCGCUUCGAAUCGCUUCGUAACUCAGACCUCGCAAUUGCACCCCUCCUGCGCACCUGCAGCCGCUGGCAGACAGCGCAUCUCCACAUCCCGGACGAUCACUACGAACUUCCCGAAUUCCAAUCCAUGAAGGGCGAGCUGUCCCUCCUCCAGUCGCUAUCGCUCUCCCUCCCGCGGCUCAAUAUGGGCUUGCACAAACUCCCUCGCGUGGUCGACACCUUCCGCCACUGUCCUAGGCUUAAGAGCGUCACCCUCUGGAACGAGGUGCUUGGUCCGGUGCUCGACCUCCCCUGGACGCAGCUCACCACGCUCACCGUCCACGGCUGGAAGGUCGACGAUGUCAUAAAGUGCAUCGCCGACUGCACCGCCCUCGAGCGCCUCGCCGUUCAUGACGUCCUCGACGACGCGAACGGCGCGGGCAGUGACCACAUAGACAAGCAUCUCGCCCAUCCCACCAUCCGCGCCCUGCACCUCACUAGCGGCAGUUGGGCCGUCAGGACGGCGUCACUGCUGAACCGUCUCUCGCUGCCCUCGCUAGAGGAGUUUCAUAUUGCGUUUUGGCGCGAGAACCUGCGCCAGUGGCCACAGCUGGAGUUCCUGAACUUGCUAAGCAGGUCGGGAUGCUCGCUGUCCAGCCUCGCCCUUCAUCGCGUCGGCCUCUCCAUCGAAGAGUUUACCGAGGUCCUGCGCGCAGUGCCUGAGCUUACCUCACUCAGCUUGGAGGACACACGCUCGGCCAUGAACGACAAGACCUCUUUCGACUGGAUAUUCAGCUGGCUCAUGGUCGUGACAAAUACACAUAGUGUCCAGCCCAUCCCCGACCUCGCCGAGUUCAGCAUUGACCUACGGAGCGCGGACGUCACCCAGGCGCGCAUAGAGAACAUGCUCAGCACUCGCUUGCAGCGCGGGAAGCUGCGCAAAGCUGUCCUGCGCAUUCCCAUCGACUUCGACCCGUCGUUACGGAGCUUGGCGGACGAAGGGCUGGAUCUAGUGCUUACCGGCGCAGAAGCGAAGGCUGCGGUCACCGCGCGGGACACUCUUCAAGCCGCUUUUGAUGAUGUGCUGAACUCGUCAGAGGCCCCGGAGGAGGACGCGGUCAUUCGUCUCGUUGACAUCUCUGCUAUGCCACCCAAUGUACUAAGUGUUGGUCAGCGACUACAAUUGGCUCAAAUAUGGGGAUUGCCUCCAUUGGGACUCGAGCUGUAUGUCUGCUCGCCCUGGAAUCAGAUUUUGCUUCCUUCGGAAGCAGCUGAGCUUUACCGCAACGGCGAUUUCAUCUUUGUGCCGACGUUCAAGACAUACAAAGAAGCGAUGAUCUUUCGUCUCAGUGAAAGCGGCAUGUAUCGCUACUUCUUCGUCCCGAUAACAAAGGAAGGGCGCGCGAUCGCGCAUAGGCUCUGUCAACUCGGUCAUCUCGAGGAGCAGACUUUGGAAGACAGGAACUGCGGGAUUCACCCGAUUACUGGCGAAGUGCUGCCGAGUCGAACUAAUGCGUACCCUGUCUUCAAGACGUACGCGCACCCCGCAUCUACGUGUUUCUUCGUUUGGACAACGCUGCAAAGCCGCAAGCUCAACUUGCGUGACCCGAACGCGCUUGCGGGGCCUCUACUUGUCUUCGUUCACUACUGCUUGGGACACCACGGCGCUGCCUACAGCGCCUCUAUCCUCGCCAUGUCAAGCGACCAUACUUCAGUUCAGCAUGGGGAGACAGACCCGGAGAACUCUGACAUUUCGCCGGAGAUGCUCGAGGUCCAAUCCCUCGAGCGUGCGAUUGCUGAGGUGCAGGAGCAGCUGCGACGAGAAAAAGUCCGGCAAGAGGAGGAACGUGCGCGCUUGCUACAGGAGCGGGAGGCCAUACGUGCCAGCAAGCAAAAGAUUCGGGAGGCGUUGCUCGCAGAGCGCAAACGACUUACUGCUGCGAAGGGCAAGUCCUCACAUCGUAGCACGAGCACUCAGAUCAUCGAGGAGCGUUUGGCGAACAUCUUUCCGAAGGCGGACACUGAAAGUCACUUGCAGAUUGACGACGAGAUGAGCGGCACCACCCCGAAUGUCAAGCAGGAACGCAACGAACAUAUACCCCCUCGUAAUUCCCCAAUGCGCGAGGAUACGAGCCGCUCGGCUACACCCUCUACUUCGUCUACUCGUCCGUCAACCCCUCCAAAACAUCAAGCGGCGCGAAAAUUGAAGACCGGGGAGCGCGGCGCUUCAAACGCCGUGAAGCCCGAGCCAGAUGACUCGAGAGACGCGACGGUCGACACGACGACGCAAACUCAGGAAGACAAAGCCCAUAGGGAAACCACAGAUCCCCCAUUCAUCCUGUCUAAGGCAGAGAAUGGCGGCAUGCUGUGGAAUCUGGACGCGCUUGGGCCUACAGGAAACAUCACCGACCCUUUGUACAGCAAGGCUUUCACUCGACAGGUCAUCAGUCGGCUCCCUGGUCUUGGAACACACGGCAUCAUCUUCGGCUCCCUGGAUUAUAAAGACCUUCUUCCAGUCUUUGUCCGCGCUCAAGCCAAGCAGUGGCUAUAUUGCGGUCACUAUCGCUGCACUAUGGGUGGCGUGGUUGAACCCAAUCAGCUGAAGGGCGUACGGCGGUCCUGCAUCACUACCGUCGCCAAAGACUACGCGGACAAGGCUGAGGGGCGGAUCAGCGUCGCCAAGCAGAACGAGGAGAACGAGAAGGCUGCGAGGCAACCCGGCCUGACAUACCAGCCCAUCGAGUUCACCGUAGGCGGCAUUAGGGCCGCGCUUCUCGACGGCCGCCUGCCUAUGACCUUCACCGUCCUGCGCUUCGUUCGCUACGAUAAGGACUGGUUUGAGCGGGCCCUGGAUCCAGAGAACGCCGGGCCUCGCUUGGACGCCAAUGAAGACGUGAAGCCGCCGAAUAAACGGAAAGCCAACACGUCGGACGUGGAGGAGAACUCCGGGAGUAAGAAGCAGAAGAGUACAGCGUCGACACAGGAUGCAAUGAGGAGCAGCACGUCCUAUGCAGGUAGAUCACUGAGGUCAAAAACCGAAAGGCGCGCCGGGAAGGAGGUGACUGUCAUAGAAAUAUCGAGCGACGAGUCCGGAGACGAUAUUUCCGACGACGAACGUAGUAUUACUUCGAGUCAGCUAGACGACUAUGACAACGACAUGGCAUAG